UCGGCCGCGCAUGAAAACAACAUGGAUGUGCGAAACUCGUGGUGUCAGAAGCUUCCUUCUUAAAUUGCUUUCAAUCCCGAGUGAUCGUUGAGGUGAAAAGACGAGCGAUUCAUCGCAAGUGACGCGCUCGCAACACGCGAUUAUCAGACUGAUCAUCUACGGUGAUUCGGAAGAGAUAGAAAUCUCACCUUGCGGAACUUCUUCUCUCCUGGCUUAGCCCUCGGACAGAACAGUGACACACUAGCCUCUCUCUCACCGCUUUCCUGACAACACAUGCAGCUCCUCUCCAUUUGCCACAUCUUGGAGCCGGACACCUAUACGUGCACGUCAACAAGCUGAAAUAAUAACUGUGAAUCUUCGUGCGACAUUUGUUGUGUUUUUUUCUUUCUCUUUUGUGCGCGCGCACGCACACACAUAACUGCUGCAACGUCCUCUGCACGCAUAACUCGGAAUUGGUUUUGGAACGCAACCAGGAUACUCGAGAAAGUGUAUCACUCUCGUUGUCUGACACUCGUCAACUCCAACAAUUGCUUUCACAUUCUGACAUAACAGGCAGAUCAGAAGUCCAUUGAUUACUGCGCAUAGAGAUAAUAUACAUAGUACACGCCAAUUUGCCAGUUGAUCGAAAGUGCGAAAAGAGCGAAAACGGCGCGACGUGAGAUCGCUAUGCUUUAUCGAUGAAAAAGCUGAAGAAAAAGUUGGAUACUAAUAGAACGGUUGGGAACGUUGCGGGGAUGGCGGGCGGAUUGAACGCGAACGCAACUGACGUCUCUGACUCCCCGAACCGCAUCUGCAGAGACUUUCUGAGGAAUGUGUGUCAUCGCGGGAAACGUUGCAAGUAUCUGCACGAGCGUUCCGAGGACGAUCCCGUGGAGGAGUACACGUUCUGUCACGAUUUUCAAAACGGCAUGUGCAACUGGCCGGGUUGCAAAUUUCUCCACUGCACCGAGAGCGAAGAGAAACGUUUUCGGGCGACCGGCGAAUUGCCGCCUCACGUCCUCAGUCGCUCCAAGACCGGCAACAACGACAAGUCGGAGUUUACGUUAUGCAAGGAUUUUAUCAAGGGCAGCUGCCAGAGAGCAAACUGCAAGUUUCGGCAUUGGAAGAAGGAGGAGCCGCAGCACAAUAUCAUGUCGCCGUCGCAUCACAACGCGUCCAGGCCGCAACAUAAUUUUAACGGCACCAGCAACGGCACUGGCGCCGGUAACGAUAAUCGCAGAUACGAAGAAGACAGGAAUUUUCACUGGCAAAUAGAAGAUCAGCACAACAAUUUGGUCACCAGUAACGGUGGCUAUAACGCAUCGUCACAUCCAGCUGAUUACAUGGGACCGCCGGAACCCAAAAGACGAAUAGUGUCGGGUGAGACGGUUGUUCAUUUCGAAGCUUCGCCGCUUGUUAGUCAGCAACACGCUACUCAACCCACGGUUACGCCAGGUUACUAUUAUCCCGUGAUACCGCGCAACGAGGCACGGGCGAUCGUACUGGAAGAUGAGAAUGCAUUGUUGAGGAAAAAAAUUGAAGAAUUGAAGAAACAAGUCAGCGACUUAACAGCGACGAAUGAAUUUUUAUUGGAUCAAAAUGCUCAGCUGAGAAUGUCGGGCAAGCGAACUGCAAACGUGACAGCUGUCACAGUCCCUGCGGUCACGAUCACGAACACAGUUCCACCGUCGCAAGCUCCGACGCCUCAGCAAAUGGUUAACGCGGCUGUGGCUGCAGGUACUCUUCGGACAGUUACUGCCAGUGUAGCUACCGUUCCUGUGAGCAUCGCUACCGUAGCACCUGUCUCUAUUGCAGCUGUCUCGAUGGCUCCGGUCUCGAUACCGCCACCGAUCGUCACUAUGGCUCAACAAACAAUCUCGAUGAGUGGCUCCGGACCUCCUCAAGCGACUAAUCAGCAACCGCCCAACACACAACAACCUGCUAGUUUACCUCUGUCGAUAUCCGGCGCGACUGCACCCCUCGUUUCUUAUCCUAUUAUGACUCAAGAACUUAGGCCUGUCUUGCAAUAAAUUUACAUUCACAGUAAAUAUUCGAGCAAAUAAAUCGUAUAAUAUGCGUCCAUCUUCCAAAACUUAAAUUUAUAUUGACCUUGCGAACGAAAGUACUUGCAGAAGACGAAGAAACCAGUGGCUGUGGGUUGAUAUAGUGUAUCGCACCUGAUGAAUGCAAAAACUAAUUUGUAUUUGUUGUUGACGUAACCUGUUCUAAAGUCUUAUCUACGCGAAUAUAUAUAUAUCUGUACGAAGAUCGCAUCAUAAAAUACAGAACGAAUGUCUAGAAGAAUUUUUUUUGUUUAAAAUAUAUACGUCGAGUUUUUUAUUUCCAUUUCUCAGUGUAAUUCGAAUCUGCAUACAGACAGCGUUCUCUAAAUAUAGGUUUCUUCUGGUUCGAUCUGUGAAUAUAUUUAUAACCUGUGUUGGAAAUAUAUUAAUCGAUUACUGUUUGUGAACUGUCGAUUGAAUAGGCAGACAUGUCUAAAACAUAAUAGAAAAUAGAAGCGACAAUCUAAUCACAAAAAGUAAUUGCAAAAAUAAUUAUGACAUUUAUGUUCCUUCGUAUUUAAUUAUCGUUGUUUUUUUAAUUACAUACAUAUAGUAUACCAUAUGUAGCGUCAUAUUAAUCUCAUCGUAGUGUUACAAGAGUGAGUCAAAAUUUCUUUAACAAAGUUGAUUGUUCAAGCGGAUCGGGGAAAAAAAUGGUUAGGAAAAGGUGUAAAUUUAAAUAGGAAAUAAAAAAAAAGUAAAAAAAUAUCUCAUAAGGCUACACCAUAUUGAGCAUAAGUACAACAAAAAUGUCCUGAAAGGAAGGUCGCGCAGCUUUUUCGAGCCGGUUUCACGGAAAUCUUUUCUACGCACGAUGCACAUAUUUUUGUUGUGCUUCUUUAUUUACACGUAAGAAAAAAAUAUAUUUCUAUCGUCGUAAUUAUUAGCGAGUGUCACUCUCUUAUAAUAUUUUACUCAAGUACUUAUAUAUGUAUUACGAUACUGUAUUGCUUUCUAUCAUUUUACUUUUAAUACUCUACACAAGCACGCUGUUGACAUUAGUAAUAAGGAGCAUUGUGUAAUAUAGCAAUUAAAAAACUUCGUAUAUAGAGCAAUGUACGAUCGCGUAAAUUCCACAUAAAUUGUACAGAUGUACAAGAAAUGUGAACUGGGAAAUGGGCGUGCGUUCUAAUUUUAAGUCACGUUAUCAGUCACAAUUUGAUAUUCUUGUAUAUAUAUUUUGCGAUAAUUUAAUAUAAGAAAAUGAGCACUAUACGUGUAUACAAAUUGUAUAAUCUUUUGACGUAUACAUUUGCGUCAAAUAGCACUUGAUUAUU